GAGAGCUCCCUGGGGGAGCCGGAGUUGCCGCCCGACUCUGACACCGUGGGGAUGGACAGCAGCUACCUCAGUGUGAAGGAAGCUGGGGUGAAGGGGCCCCAGGACCGCGCCAGCGCCGACCUCCCCAGCCCACUGGAGAAGGCCGACUCCGAGAGCAACAAGGGCAAGAAGCGGCGGAACCGAACCACCUUCACCAGCUACCAGCUGGAGGAGCUGGAGAAGGUCUUCCAGAAGACCCACUACCCCGACGUGUACGCGCGGGAGCAGCUGGCCAUGAGGACGGACCUCACCGAGGCCCGCGUGCAGGUCUGGUUCCAGAACCGGAGGGCCAAGUGGCGGAAGAGGGAGCGUUUCGGGCAGAUGCAGCAGGUUCGAACCCACUUCUCCACGGCCUACGAGCUGCCCCUCCUCACCCGAGCAGAGAACUACGCCCAGAUUCAGAACCCGUCCUGGAUCGGCAACAAUGGUGCUGCCUCACCAGUGCCAGCGUGCGUGGUCCCCUGUGACCCGGUGCCUGCCUGCAUGUCCCCUCACGCCCACCCGCCUGGCUCCGGGGCCACCGACUUCCUGAGUGUCUCUGGGGCCGGCAGCCACGUGGGCCAGACGCACAUGGGCAGCCUGUUCGGAGCCGCGGGUCUCAGUCCGGGCCUCAACGGCUAUGAGCUCAACGGGGAGCCGGACCGCAAGACCUCGAGCAUCGCGGCCCUCCGCAUGAAGGCCAAGGAGCACAGCGCGGCCAUCUCCUGGGCCACAUGACAGGGCAGCUCCCGUCCCCAUCCCCGCGCCCUCCCCCACCUCGGGGCGCUGGCCACACCCACGCUUCCCAGGCCCCCAGCCUCCCACUUUCCUCUUCGGAACCUGGCCUGGGCCCGGGGCCUGACCCUCAGCACUUUCAGCCGCCCCAAGUCUGAGGCCCCAUGGACUGCUGGGAGGGAGGGGGCAGCGGGCACCAAGGCCGAGCCCCCCCCACCCCCCGCUCUUGGCCAGAGGCAGUGGAGAGGCCGGGUGCCCGAGGUUUGCAGCUUUGCAUCCAUUGUAAGCUGAAGACCCUCCCCUACCUGCUUCCUCCGCCCUGCCCAGCUUGACGGCUGAGUCAAGGAUAGCGACUCAGCCAUGGCGACAGCGCCAUCACGUCCGUCCUUCCCUCUGCUGCGUGGUCCCUGGGUCACCAGGCCCAUAACUGUUAGAAGACAGCCUGUGCUGCAGAAUCGGCCUCUGCCUUCCCCUCUCCCUUCUCUUCCUAAAAGCCCCAGGAAUCCAACCUCUCAGACCCAAGGUGCCUGCCUCGCCAUCACCCAGGAUGGCGAGGAGUCCCCUUCCUGCCAUCCCCUGUGCUGGACACACCGGAGACUGGGCAGAGAGGAGAGGAGGUGGAGGAAGAUCCAGCUGUCACCCAGCAAGGCCGGCACCUGGGAGGAGGCACAGUCUCCUCGCAGCCCGGAGACUCUGGAUCUGGGCGAACGCUGCAGGGGCAAGUGCAGACCACCCACGGCACCCAUGGUGCUGGAAGAAAGCAUCCAGGGGGGUUGGGUGGGGGAAGGCUGCAGGAAGGUGUCCGUGUGGGGCAGGGGCUCGUCCAGCCGCCUGACACCCUGCCCCCGACGGGAUGACCGUGACAGUGGGCAGGUCUGGGUGGCUUUCUUCUCCAUCCAGUCAAGCCCUGCCAGGAGGAUCUGGAGAGGCUUGUCCCUGCCUGCGCCUCAUCCUGGCCACUCGCAGAGGCUGCCGAGCAGCAUCCCAGCGUGGAAGGACUUCCACCUCGGACACACCAGCAGGGCCAGAGGGUGGAGGGCGGCGUGCAGGAUCGGCCAGAGGAUGAGUGCACGCCCCCGCGGCCUCCCCGUCAUCUCCAGGGCAGCGCCACACCUGCCCAGGGCGUCCCGGAGGGUGGGGCCCGUGUUCCUCCGGGCGGAGGCAGAGAGCUCUGCCCUUGCACUUUUGUCCUGGGGGACGGGAGACCCCAGCCCCUCUUCUGGCCUCUAGAGAGGCUCAUGGGGCUGAACUUGGGGCCACUUGCUCUGUUCCCGGCACAGGGCUCAGAUCUUCUCUGGAGGCAGAUUCCUCUGCCUGCAGGAAGGGGUCCUUCCGUGUGGGGGGGCAGGGAGUGAGGCGCCUCUGUCUGAUGUGAGAACUUCGGGCCUGAGUAGUUUUGGCACCAGGGCCCAGCUGUCAUCUAGGCUCCAAGCACAGGGUACCUGCCCUCUGAGGCAGGUUUUCAGACCCCUGGGGACCAGCCCCACCCAGCAGGUGGCCCCUGGGGAGACGGGCUUGCCCUUUGUACCUUCUAGCCUGAUCCUGUCAGCGAGGAGGGCCAGGUCCACCAGGCACAGGGGCCUGGACUCAGGACAGCCUCUUGGGUGGGCUGGGAGGAGGGAGACCCUCCCCCUUAAGCUGCUUGGGUUUUGGGGGGCAUCACAGGCUCCAUCUCCGCGUCACGUGCUCUCACGCUCCGGGAAUAAGCUAGGGAAGUUGCUCCCUCAAUGAGAGGCAGACCUCUUUGUGAACCGUAGCUCUAAUGUUGAUCUUCUAGAGGCAAAAAGGGUUUUGGACGUUGAAUUAAAUGUUCUCGAAGGCUUGGCUUUAAGUGUUUCAUACGUUUGAGGCUCUUGGAAUGACGCUUAGGAAGCCUUUUCCAGUUCUGAGUUUGGCUAAAACAACUCAGACUCCCAGAAUCUAGGAGGGGAAGGAAGAAAUUGCUUCUGGCUGGGGAUGGUUCCCCAGAUCCUCCUCAAAUGCACUAGUGGCCAAGAAGGAACUUUCAUCAGAGGUUAUGUUCUCUCCUGGGAGAGAAUUGGACAAUGAAGAUAGCCCCAGAAGGGGAGGGAAGGGAGAGAAAGGGCUCUGAGUGGAAACUUCUGGAAGGGACCUCUGGGGAUCAAUUCCUCUAUGUGUCUGCCUUCCGCCUGGGCCAGACCUGUCAGGCGAAUCUCAACUCCAAGCUUGAGAAGAAAAAGCUUCCAAUAAGUAAAAGAAGGCUCCGAGGCGCUGGCUGCCUGUCCCACCAACACAGCCAAGUAGUUAGGAUCAAAAUGUCGGUGGAACACGUCCCUCUGCAGCUCCCCACCGGUUGCUGCCCACCCCCGGGCCUGUGCUUGUUCUGUGCCAUCCCCCUGCGGCCUGCCUGACGCUCUAAGAAUCACAGACUCACCCAGCAGGGAGGGAUUAGCAAGCUGCUAAAAAGCCUAACCCCUUCAGGACAGAGAUGAGGAGCCCCAGGGGUCCCCAGUGGGGAAGGAAUUGUCCUGAGUGUGCUGAACCUGAGGCCCAGGGGCCCAGGCAGGCAUUCUGGGCUCUGCUGGCAGGUGGCACAUGGGGCUCUCCCCGGCGGGAGGCUGGGCCCAGGCCUUCUACCUUCUCGGCUACUAGGAGGCGCCCCGCAGCAUCCCCUGUGAUGACCCAGCGAGCUCGGGUGACUGGGGCAGCAGCAUCCUCAGGAGCGAGGUCUCAUGAAGGCAGGUGCAGAGAAGGGACCCGCUCUGUAGGUCACUGCUAAGCUAAUAAGCUAAAAGAGGUGGGAUUUCCUUGGCUGUUUGCCUAAGGUCUCAAGAGGGACGGCCAUGGGUGGCUGCCUCCCCGCACCGGCUGUCCCCAUCCCUGCUGGGAACCAGUCUCGGCAGCCAAGGCUUGACACUAAGGUGCUGCUACCACCCUCAGAUGCCUUCGCUGCUCCCAGGGCACAGGAGGAGGGGGCUCUGGGGACACACAGAGAGGCUUGUCCCCAAGUCUUCAGGGGCACUUGGAGGACGUGGGCUUGGGAACUCGCCUUGAAUUUUCUCGACAAUACUUGAUUCUCCGUUCUCACCACCGCGGCUCCAGCUUGGGGAAGCGUGGUGGCCAGGUUAGUUCAAAGACACUGCCGGGGGGGUGGGGAAUAGCCAUCCUGAGGUGGGUCCUCAGCACCCAUGACUGCGGCCGCCGUGGGCCCAGCGCCUGGGUCCCCUCCGCCCUCCUUUCGGCUGGGUCCGCAAGAGGAACGCUUCCAUGAAAAUGACCACGAAUCCUGCUUCCCCAGCCACAUUCUCUCCCUGGGCUGGACACGCUGGGGCGUCUGGUCUGCUCGAUGGCCACGACUGUCAGGUGCAAAAGCAAACAGGCCUAGUGGCAGGGUGAGGAUGGCCGGCAAACGGGCCCCAGGAUAAGAAUCCAUGACCGCGAUAGAGAAAACCAGGAAGACGUCAAAGAUGCGACUUCUCCAAGUCACAGGGAGCCCACGCGACUUCCUAGAGGAUGCUGGAGGGAGGAGAGGUGUUCCGGCGAACCAAACGUGACCUGCUUUUGCCCUGUCCCUUCUUCCCCUUCACUUCCAUUCAUAGAGCUAGGCCUUUAUACUACUGAUUUUGAAGGGCAGUUUUCAAUGUCGAAUCGUCUGUCUGGUGUGCAGUGGUUGACAAGAGAGCUGAGUGCCUGAAGGAACGUGAACCUCAAUCAAUACUGACUGUUCUCCUUGUAAGAUAUCGUAACCCUGUAUCCACGCAACCUUUCCUUUAGCUUAAUGGCCUGGGGUGGAAUAUGAAAAUAUAUAUAUAUGAAAAAGACAUGAAAAAUUCAGAAAAAUGUAUUAAAAAAAAAUGAGGUCGGUUCCCUAAAGUUUUACUGCCUAUACCACCAUGUAACUACAUUAUAGCAAAAUAUUAAAAGAAAAUGUUCUUGCCUUUGAAAGUAAGUUAUUGCACUUACAUCUUUGGGGGGAGGGGAGGACUCUUGAUGAGAUGGCACGUUGGGGCCACAGCCGCGGGGUCCAAAGGAGCGCGGACUCCGCCGCCUGCUCCGGCGCCCCCUUUGCUGGGCACAGCCCACACUGUCUGUUUGGUUUUUGUUUGCAAUAAACUCCUUCUCCUUCCUCCUC